AUGUCCAUCGAUUUUCCCAAAGAAGAAGAGGCUGUCCUCCAGAGGUGGCGCGAGAUCGAUGCCUUCCUUCGGCAGGUAGAACUGUCUGAAGGCCGUCCUCACUACACUUUCUACGACGGGCCUCCUUUCGCGACCGGACUUCCUCACUAUGGGCAUCUUCUUGCCUCCACCAUCAAGGAUGUCAUUCCUCGAUACUGGUCCAUGAAGGGCUUUCACGUCGAACGCCGCUUUGGUUGGGAUACUCAUGGUCUUCCCAUCGAACACGAGAUUGACAAGAAACUUGGAAUCUCUGGGAAAGCUGCCGUGAUGGAGCUCGGCAUUGCCAAGUACAACGAAGAGUGUCGCUCUAUUGUUAUGCGCUACGCCAAGGAAUGGCGACACACCAUCGAGAGAUUGGGUCGUUGGAUUGACUUUGACAAUGAUUACAAGACUAUGCACCCUAACUUCAUGGAGUCCGAGUGGUGGGUUUUCAAGCAAUUAUUUGACAAGGACCAAGUUUAUCAAGGUCACCGAGUUAUGCCGUACUCUACAGUUCUCACUACUGCUCUGAGUAACUUCGAGGCCAACCAGAACUAUCAAGAUGUUACUGACCCUGCGGUUGUCGUCACGUUCCCCCUCGUUGACGACCCAGAAGUCAACCUGCUUGCUUGGACAACUACACCCUGGACGUUACCAUCACAUCUUGGACUUGCAGCACACCCUGAUUUCGAAUAUGUCAAGAUUCUGGAUGAGAAGACUGGAAAGACAUAUGUCCUUCUUGAAAAGCUUCUUGGGACCUUAUACAAGGACCCCAAGAAGGCUAAGUUCAAGAUCGUGGAGAAGAUCCUUGGCAAAGACAUGCUGGGAUGGAAGUACACGCCUCCCUUUAACUACUUCUACGACGAGUUCAAGGAUGUCGCCUUCAAGGUUCUGAACGCUACCUACGUUACUGAUGACAGUGGUGUGGGUAUUGUUCACCAAGCUCCGGCCUUUGGUGAGGACGAUUACAACGUCGCCGUUGCUGCCGGUAUCGUUACCGAGAACAGAUCGCCACCCGACCCUGUCAAUGAUACUGGUCACUUUACCGAUCGUGUCUCUGACUUUAAGGGCAUGCAUGUCAAAGAAGCUGAUAAGCACAUCAUCAAACACUUGAAGAACGCCGGUCGCAUUGCUAACGAGUCUCAACUCAAGCAUUCUUACCCCAUGUGCCCUCGUUCAGAUACCCCCCUUAUCUACAGAGCUGUCCCUUCCUGGUUUAUUCGAAUUCCUGACAUCAUUCCUGAUAUGCUCAAGAACAUUGAAGAGACUCGUUGGGUCCCAUCAUUCGUCAAGGAGAAGCGGUUCGCCAGCUGGAUCGCUAAUGCUCGUGAUUGGAAUGUCAGUAGAAACCGAUACUGGGGCACACCUAUCCCUCUGUGGGUCAGUGAGGAUCUGGAAGAAAGAGUUUGUGUCGGAAGCGUCCAGGAGCUGCGCGAGCUGAGCGGAUAUGAGGGUGAUCUCUCCGACCUUCAUCGUGAUAAGGUUGAUCACAUCACGAUCCCGAGUAAAAUGGGCAAGGGUCAGCUCAAGCGUAUCGAAGAGGUAUUCGACUGUUGGUUUGAGUCUGGCAGUAUGCCCUACGCUAGUCAACACUAUCCCUUUGAGAACGUAGAAAAGUUCGAAAAGUCUUUCCCAGGAAACUUCAUUGCUGAGGGUCUUGACCAAACCCGUGGCUGGUUCUAUACUCUCACAGUGCUGGGUACUCACCUUUUCGGCAAAUCGCCAUUCAAAAACUGCGUGGUCAAUGGAAUCGUCCUUGCGGAGGAUGGCAAGAAGAUGUCGAAGCGACUCAAGAACUACCCCGAUCCCUCUAUCAUUAUGUCCAAGUACGGAUCUGAUGCUCUUCGUCUCUAUCUCAUCAACUCGCCUGUUGUUCGAGCCGAACCACUGCGCUUCAAGGAGUCUGGCGUCAAAGAGGUUGUCCAAAAGGUCCUCCUUCCUCUCUGGAACAGUUAUAAGUUCUUUGAAGGUCAGGUUGCUUUACUCAAGAAGGUUGAGAAUGUUGAUUUCAAAUGGGAUCCAAAGUUGGAGGCGACAAAUAGCAACGUCAUGGACAGAUGGAUUCUGGCAUCUUGCCAAUCUCUUUUGGCGUUUGUCAACCAAGAAAUGGAGGCCUACAGACUAUAUACGGUUGUUCCACGACUCUUAGGUCUUAUCGAUAACACCACGAACUGGUAUAUUCGAUUCAACCGUAAGCGACUUAAGGGUGAGAAUGGUCUCGACGACACCUUGCACGCCUUGAACGCUCUUUUUGAGGUACUCUUCACCUUGUGUCGUGGCCUAGCGCCUUUCACACCUUUCCUCACAGACAACAUUUACCUCAAACUCCUGCCUCACAUCCCCAAGGAACUCCAGGGUGAAGAUUCCCGUAGUGUUCAUUUCCUGCCAUUCCCGGAUGUGCGCCAGGAACUAUUCGACGAGGAGGUGGAGCGACGUGUUGGUCGGAUGCAGCGCGUCAUUGAACUUGCUCGUGUAUCUCGUGAACGUCGCAAUAUUGGUCUCAAGCAGCCUCUGAAAACCCUUGUGGUCCUUCACUGCGACCCGCAGUACUUGGAAGAUGUCAAAUCGUUACAGAAGUACAUCAGCGAAGAACUGAAUGUGCGAGAUCUUAUCCUUUCCAGCGACGAAUCCAAGUACAACGUGCAGUACAGCGUCACAGCAGACUGGCCAGUACUUGGAAAGAAGCUCAAGAAGGAUAUGGCCCGUGUCAAGAAGGGCUUACCUCUUCUUACCAGUGAGCAGGUUAAGGGAUACCUCCAAGAUAAACACAUUGAUGUCGAUGGUAUUCGCCUGGAGGAGGGUGAUCUCGUGGUACGCCGGGGCGUUAAAGAGGACGAUUCUUCAAAGAACUUUGAGACCAACACCGAUAGUGAGGUACUCACCAUCCUCGACACAGAGAUCCAUCCGGAACUGGCAGCAGAGGGUCUUGGUCGUGAGAUCAUCAACCGUGUACAGCGACUUCGAAAGAAAGCGGGACUCGUGCCCACGGAUGAUAUUAAGAUGGAGUACAGAGUUCUUGCCGACCCUGAUGAUGUGGGCUUAUCGGGUGCCUUCAAGUCGCAGACUCCUGCUUUUGAGAGGGCUUUGCGCCGACCUCUAGAGGAAGCUAGUGCUGAGGCUCAACCUGACAGCCUCAUUGCGGAGGAGGAGCAAGAAGUCUCAAAGGCUACAUUCAUGCUGAGAUUGCUCAAGUUGUAA